UAGCAACGUGGAUAGCUCCAUUAGAUGUUUAGCACUGAUGCUAUACUCUACUGGGGGAUUGGACUUUGCACUUCUUACGUGUAAUUCCUAGUUCCUCCAUGGUAGCCAGGUAAUCUCGGGGAGCUACCCCUAGCAAUUAUAUCAGCUUAGGCUACAAAUCGCGCAUAUCAUCUGAAAGGGAUACUAGUGCUAUACAAGAACUCAAGAUGAGACGAAGCAUCAGUUCAGUUACGAUUACAGAUCCCCUGGUGAAGUAUCAGUCACUACUAGCGACUGGGAUCUGUUCUCCCGAUGCUGCUCAGUAUCGGUUAGCGAUCCAUCUUCAAAAAGUCUAUCAUCGGCUCAAAGAUUAUUCACCAUCACAUGAGUACCGUGUUAGAUUAAAAGCCAUUACCAGUGCCCUGGACAGCGCUAGAAAGGAAGAUAAAGACCCAUCGCGCACUCUCGCAGUCGAGAGCCAUCCUAUCUGGCGCAACCCCCUUUUUUCUCGGUUCUUCGCUCGCGAUGAGAGUAAGGAUACUCUAGCUCUUAUAAAAGUUCUCACGAGCCACGAAGAGGCGAUUCAAAUAGAUUCGCCGCAAGGCUUAUUCCUAUCAGGUGAAGUUGGCACUGGCAAGUCAAUGCUGCUUGACCUCCUGGCUGACGGGUUGCCUACGAGUCGCAAAAGACGAUGGCAUUUUAAUACUUUCAUGCUGUAUACGCUGUCUCAGCUUGAGCGUUAUCGGAAGUCACAUUCACAUCUAGACCGCGGUGAUCAAGAAUAUUCGUUACUCUGGAUGGCUAAGGAUAUGGUUGAGAAAUCGCCAAUUCUCUUCCUGGAUGAGUUUCAACUCCCAGAUAGAGCGGCAAGCAAAAUCCUAAGCAAUCUAUUCAUUGCAUUCUUUCAACUAGGCGGCGUCCUCGUUGCUUCGUCCAAUCGUAUGCCAGACGAGCUGGAAAAAGCUACCGGAGUCGAAUAUGUUCCUCCAACGACUGGCAGUCUCAUAGGUCAAGUCUUGGGGUUAAGACAGACGCGUGGAAAAGGAGAACUAUUCGGCUCUACUAGUGAUUUUGCAUCAUUUCUUGAAGUUUUGAAAGCAAGAUGUGAAUUCUGGCAAAUGGAAGGAGGUAAAGACUGGAGGCGCCGUGAAGCUAGCGAGUUGCUGAGCCAACGUGUUAAGACCCCUAUUGAGAAUUAUAUAUCUGACGAGUCAGUAAUAACUUCCGCGACAGUGCUUUCUUCUGAUACGAAGACUCAAGAGACAGGCGAAUCAAGUCUAUCCAUUACAACACCAAGGAAUUAUUUCCUCAUAGGUGAGACGGAUGAAGCUUUAUGGGUGGAAACAUUAAACAGCUUGAUUUUGCCACCUGAAAAGCACGAAAUACCUUGGGAGUCCUUAACAGUGACCGUUUAUGGCCGGGCUAUCACUAUUCCUCAGCAUUACGGCGGAUCUGUUUUAUGGGACUUUAAGGACCUCGUCUCCUCCUUCGGACCAGCCGACUAUAUUACAAUGGCCUCAACUUUUCAUACUUUCAUCAUCGAUGGCGUGCCUAUCUUAACGAUUCUUAAAAAGAACGAGGCAAGAAGACUCAUUACAUUAUUGGACGCAUUAUAUGAAGCCAAGUGUAAAUUAGUUAUCCGUGCCGAAGCCGCUCCCGAUGAUCUAUUCUUCCCGGAAGCGAAGGUUGUUCCCUCACCCGUGAAACGGGAUGCUCCUAAAAGAGGCGAGAGUAUUGACGGAGACGUAAUACACUCCGAGACGGUUGCCGAGGUUUACCAGGAUACAAUGUCGCCCUUCAGGCCGAACAUCUCGUCAUACACCGACUCGAGAAAUACGGAUUAUGAUCCGGAUCAGGAUUCCGACUUUGGUGUAGAACAAAAGUCCAAAGUAGACUUCAGUAACACCAGUGCGUUUACUGGAGAGGAUGAACGAUUCGCCUACAAGCGAGCCACGAGUCGGCUCUGGGAACUUUGCGGAGCUCAAUGGCAUAGCCGCACAGGGGACAACUGGUGGCAACCACUUCCUCCAGAAGCACGGCAUUGGGAAGGUUCGCCAGUUUCUAAACCGCGGCCGUGGUCAGCCUCGCCGAUUGUCCGAGGGGAUGAUGCUAGCAUGGGACCGUCAGUAGAGCUCGAAGAACCUGCAGGUCUACAACGGCUACGCCUCGAAUAUUUAAAGAAGACCUUCUCGGGGGAGGGCCAAGCGAAAAGUCGCGACCAGGAGUAAGGAUCUAAUCCAUAGAAUUGUACAUAUCAUGUCUAGAUAGAGCACGUACAUAAAUGCCCAAGUACCACCGUAUAAACGAAAUAUCAAAUAUCAUUCCAUCACGAACACCUAGACUCC